AUGACCAGCACCUCUCCCGAUCCGAUCGAUGAUGGUGACGAACAAUCUUGCAAUCCCGAUGUAGCCGACACUGAAGCAUUGGCGUUUCGCCUAGAAUCAAAAUCGCGUCCAACGGUGACCGGAGGUACUCGCUCGAAAGAAUUUGGCUGGAAGCCCAGCAAUAACCGCAACGGCCAUGCAAAGCCUCUUCCUGCAGUCACGCCAGCAUUGUCGUCUUCCUUUACGCCUGCCUCUCCGACCAUGGCGCUACGUAAAACCUCCGCUGGACUCGCCGCAGCGAAAACAAGUCGACGCAACAGCUCCGCCUCCGUUCUCGUUCUUCUCACAGCUGGUAUCGGCAUUGUACUCUUGGCAGCUAUCUUGAAAUCUCUCAUUAGCUACCAAAUAGAACCUAAAGGUUGCCGGAUGUCCUACAUGCGGCCAUCAUAUAUCCAUUUUAGCGACUUCGAUACUGAACAUACGCGUUUUGCGACCAAAUAUUCCUUGUAUCUUUACCGCGAGCAAGGGGUGGACGAUGAAGCCAAGCUUCGUGGUAUACCCGUGCUCUUUAUCCCCGGCAACGCUGGUAGCUAUAAACAGGUUCGGCCAAUAGCAGCAGAAGCUGCUACCUACUUCUACGACAAUCUACAACACCAAAAAAGGUUGAUGGAUUCAGGUGUGCGGAAUUUGGACUUCUUCACUGUCGAUUUUAAUGAAGAUAUCACUGCUUUCCAUGGCCAGACUUUGCUCGAUCAGGCAGAGUAUCUCAAUGAAGCCAUUCGAUACAUUCUAUCUCUGUAUUCGGAUCCCCAGCGGACCAGUCGCGACUCCCAACUGCCGGAUCCUACGUCAGUUGUGAUACUGGGUCACUCCAUGGGCGGCGUCGUUGCACGUGCGAUGUUGGUGCAACCAAACUACCAAGCCAACUCUAUCAACACCAUAAUUACCAUGUCUGCACCUCACUCCCGACCCCCAGUUACUUUUGAUGGCCAAAUUGUGCAAAUUUACGACGAGAUCAACACCUAUUGGAGAGGUGCGUAUGCACAGAAAUGGGCCAAUAAUAACCCCCUAUGGCACGUUACUCUCAUUUCAAUUGCAGGUGGGACGCUGGACACGGUAGUACCUUCAGAUUACGCAAGUGUUGAGCCUCUAGUGCCGGAAACCCAUGGAUUUACAGUUUUUACCACUGGUAUUCCAACUGUCUGGACAAGUAUGGAUCACCAAGCCAUUCUUUGGUGCGACCAGUUUCGAAAGGUUGUGGCCAAAGCACUCUAUGACAUUGUUGAUUCAAAUCGCGGCUCGCAGACCAAACCACGUGCGGAACGAAUGCGGCUUUUCAGACGGCGAUUUUUGCCCGGCCUCGAAGAAGCGACGGAAAAGGCAAUUGUUCUUCAAGAGGAAACUGUUCGAUUGACACUGGAUGAUGAAUCCAGCCGAAUUGUGCCAGGCGGAGAGCGUUUGGUUUUGGGUCGCUUAGGAAAUCAACGUCACCCUGUGGUGCAUCUCCUGCCCAUUCCUCCCCAAGAGACUGCUAUAUCUAAACGAUUCUCAUUAUUAACAGACUUCUCGCUCUUGGAAUCGACGGAAAAUGCGCCAAUCGAGGUUCUCGUCUGCACUGUUUCUCCAGUCCAGACCGGGUCUGCUACUAUGCUUAACUCGUACCCUGCGGCCAUACCAGGGGGUAGCUCAGCAAGGCUCGCCUGUAAGAGCACAGCUUCCGACGUUAUCCUUUUACCAGCUUCCACGGCAUCCACCCAGCAUCCUUUCUAUCUCGAAGGAGAGGACCCUGUUCGACCAUUUUCGUAUCUCCAAUACGAUUUGGAAGACCUGUGGGAGUAUAACUUCAUCGCAGUUGUGGAUAAAGCCGCUUCAGUAGUUCCGGGGUUCGUUGUUGCCGAAUUUAGUGACCGCGAUGGUGCUCAAAAAAUUCUGCCUGCCAGUCUUACCCACAUUGCAGCGUUUGGUCUAUCAUUACCCCUGCCAAUGGACCGUCAAAUGGCAGUUGAUGUUCAGCUUCCGGCGCUAACCUCCAGCUUGCUCGCGUUUCACUUGGAUAUUGGCACGCAGCUUUGUCAUGGCAGGCCCCCCCUCUUUACACCAAUGGUCCGGCAGUACUUGGAAAGGCCUUACGAGUCGAAGUAUUUUGUGAACUCAAAGCGCGCCGCCAUAAGCUUACACGGUGCUGCCCCUUACAUGCCCCCGCCUCUGGAAUCCAAGGACAGUAACAUCGGCCUGGGUCUUCAAAUCUGGGCCGACCCGUCUUGUGAAUCGUUGUUGGAAGUCAAGCUACGGAUUGAUCCGCUAGGCAGCUUCGGAAAACUGUACAUGCGUUACAGGACUGUUUUUGCGGCCUUCCCAUUGUUGAUCGUGACUUUGGUUUUGAGGAAACAGUUCCGCGUAUACGACCAAACUGGCACUUUCAUUUCAUUCUCGGAGGCACUGGAUCUCUCCCUGAGGCGUUCGGUUCCUCUUCUUCUCGUGUCUCUGACUCUGCUUGCAGUUUCAAUGGAAGGCACUUCAACGGCCAUCCCAAGCUUCGUGUGGAGCAAACGACACUUGGAUGCCUUACACAGGAACGAACUUCUCAUCGGCACCGAAAAUCCUUCAUUUUGCCUACUUGUGCCUCUCAUUGGAAUUAUCUGCAUUGGGGUUUGCGCAGCCUUACACUACGCCGUACUCGGACUCACUCGAAUACUUGGCAUAGUGUACGGUUUCGUAAGUAAUGUUCCGACAACAGAAACAGUCAGUCACAAAAGAACUGCUUCCCAAGUUCUUGUGCCCUCAACACCAAAGAGACGCAUGAUUUCUACGGUCAUUCUGUUAUUUCUUGUCUCAACUUUCAUCCCCUAUCAGUUUGCCUACCUCGUGGCAUGCCUUGUUCAGUUAUUUACAACCGUACGGGCUCAUCGUAUCUCUAGGGCGACUGAUUCAACGUCGAACGUGAACUACUGCCGAUAUGUUCAUUCAAUUUUGCUUUUAAUGAUGUGGGUUUUGCCAAUCAACCUGCCGAUUCUCGCAGUUUGGAUACGGAAUCUUGCGGUGCACUGGCUCACACCGUUCUCAUCGCACCACAACGUCCUGUCUAUUAUGCCUUUCAUUUUGCUGGUAGAAAAUUUGACCACUGGCAAAAUGGUCCCUCAGGUGACAAGUCGGUUGCGGCACGUUACAAGCGUCCUCCUCUUUGGCACGGCCUUUUGUGCCGCUGUGUAUGGAGUUUCGCAUGCGUACAUGCUACACUAUUUAGUUAAUAUCGUCGUCGCAUGGUUGGUCAUUUUGCAUUCAACAGCAGAUUCUUGGUCUAUUGCAGGGAUUGGCGCUAUGUUUGAAGGGAGCGCUGCUGAAGCCCGAAAUCGAGGGAAGACUUCCUAA